AAAGCAACGCACGAGCCCGCUGGGCCAGGAUCGUGGGGCUGGGCUGGAGUGAAGGUGGCUACGAGUUUUCCACAUUUAGGAGACCGCAGAAAGGUGGGGCAGAUAGAAUGGAGAUGGCAAAGAUCUCUUUGGGUAUAUAUGGGCCUGGAGAAGUAAUGGAAUAAUUUCUAAUUUUUGGAGAAGCCCUCAUGCCAGGAUGGCAGAAGAUGAACCUGAUGCUAAGAGCCCAAAGACUGGGGGAAGGACUACCUCAGGUAGUGCUGAGGCAGGGGAACCCACCACCCUUCUUCAGAGGCUUCGAGGUACCAUUUCCAAGGCCGUGCAGAACAAAGUAGAGGGGAUCCUGCAAGAUGUACAGAAAUUCUCAGACAAUGACAAGCUGUAUCUCUAUCUUCAGCUCCCCUCGGGGCCCAGUACUGGAGACAAAAGCUCAGAGCCAAGUACACUCAGCAAUGAGGAGUACAUGUAUGCUUACAGGUGGAUCCGCAACCACCUAGAAGAGCAUACUGACACCUGCCUGCCAAAACAAAGUGUUUAUGAUGCUUAUCGGAAGUACUGCGAGAGCCUCGCGUGUUGCCGCCCGCUCAGCACAGCCAACUUUGGCAAAAUCAUCAGAGAGAUCUUCCCUGAUAUCAAGGCCCGAAGGCUUGGUGGCCGGGGCCAGUCCAAAUAUUGCUACAGUGGCAUACGAAGGAAGACCUUGGUAUCUAUGCCACCCUUGCCUGGACUUGACCUAAAGGGCUCUGAGAGUCCAGAAAUGGGCCCAGAAGUAACCCCAGCACCUCGGGAUGAGCUGGUGGAAGCAGCCUGUGCCUUGACCUGUGACUGGGCUGAGCGAAUCCUGAAACGGUCCUUCAGUUCCAUCGUUGAGGUUGCCCGCUUCCUGCUACAGCAGCAUCUCAUCUCUGCCCGAUCUGCACACGCCCAUGUGCUCAAAGCUAUGGGACUCGCUGAAGAGGACGAACAUGCCCCUCGGGAACGGUCAUCUAAAUCCAAGAAUGGGGUAGAGAACCUGGAGGGCGGUUCUCAUAAGAGACCAGAGAGACAGGCCCAGCCUCCUAAAGAGCUAGACCCCCGGGCUGGGGCUGGCCCCUCUGCACGUGGAGAGCGAAAGAAGAGUGUAGUGGAGAGCCCAGCGCCAGUAGCCAAUAACCCGCAGGUUAAUGCCCUAGUGGCCCGGCUGCCUCUGCUCCUCCCCCGGGCCCCUCGCUCACUUAUUCCGCCAAUCCGAGUCUCUCCACCCAUCUUGGCCCCCAAGCUUUCUUCAGGCACUCUGAAAAUGGCUGCACUGCCUCUGCCCAGUAGGGCUGGGGGACCCCAAGCAGCUGUUCCCAUCAUUAACAUGAUCUUACCAACGGUUCCUGCUUUGCCUGGACCUGGACCUGGGCCUGGGCAAGCUCCCCCUGGGGGGCUCGCUCAGCCAAGGGGUGCAGAGAACAGGGAAGUGGGCAUAGGUGGUGACCUGGGACCCCAUGACAAGGGUGUCAAGAGGACAGCUGAAGUGCCUGUGAGUGAAGCCAGUGGGCAGGACCCACCAGCUAAAGCCACAAAACAGGAUCUAGACGAUACAGGAAGUGAUGCCAAAAGAAAACGGGGGCGCCCUCGAAAAAAAUCAGGUGGAAGUAGGGAAAGCAAUUCUACCCCCGACAAGUCAGCAGCUGCUGUGGACUCAGCCCAGUCCUCAAGGUCACUACGGGAGACAUGGGCCUCUGGAGGGGAGAGCAACUCAGCUGGAGGGUCAGGGGGGCCAGGGCCAGUGGGAGAGGCUGAGAAGGGGGUGCUUGCCCAAGGUCAGGAGGAUGGCGCUGUUUCCAAAGGAGGAAGGGGCCCCAGUUCCCGUCAUGCCAAAGAAGCAGAAGAUAAAAUUCCUCCUGUCACCCCCAAAGUGAGCGUCAUCAGGGGCAGUAGAAGCCAAAAGGAGGCUCUUCAUUUGGUCAGGGGAGAAGUAGACACCUCCGCACAGGGAAAUAAAGACUUAAAAGGGCACGUGCUUCCGAGCUCCAUGCCCCAUGAGCGAAAAGACCCUAAAGCAGCACCCCCAUGAUAGGUAUGUGGGAAGGAGGGUUUAUAGCCCUUUGUUAACUCUACCUGGCUGCCUAGAAGAGGUCCUUCUUUGCACUUGCUUCUCACUUGGCUCUUCAUUCUCUUCUGUAUAGACAGCUGAGGCACCCUGUCUUACAUAGUGCCUGAUUUUUGCCUCUCACUUUUCCAGCUCAGUCCCCUUGGCUUUAGAGUCACUAUCUGUAGUGACCCCUCUCCUGGAUCCCUGCAGUAUCUUGUGGGAAUAUAGGGAUGAAAUACGAUGAAUGCCUCGGCUUGGAGUCUUUUAGUUUUAAAUCACAGAAAACCUAACUCAGACUGGCUUAAAAACAAAGAGUUAUUGGCUCAUGUGACUGGCAAGUCCAGAGGUAGGCCCAGCUCCAGAUGAAGCUGAUCCAGUGACUCCAUAAGUCUCUAAAUACCUGAUUGAUUUCCCCCCCACCAUUCUACCUUCUGUAGGAUCAUCUUAAGCCUGGUCUGCCUCGUGGCUGCUAGCACUCCUAGGAUUCCAUGUUUCCUCUCUCAUGUCCAACCAGAAAGAGAGGGCAUCUUUGUGCCAGGAAUCCUAGCAAUAGCCCUAAGAUUCACUUCGGCGAGGUCAGCCUGGGUCACACACCCACUCCUAGCCAGUCACUGUGGGCAGGAGAUUGGUAUAAUAAAUGCUAAUUUGCCUGUUUAUGCUACAUCAUGGCGUGUACCUUUCGGAAAAAAAAAAAAAAAGGCAGGAUCAGCCUCCUUAGAAUCACAUAGAUUCCUCAGUGGGGGCUGGGAAUGGGGAGUUCCCGGGGAGUCGCCUGACACCUGGCCACUGCUAUGAAGUAGGUUUGGUUUUAGCUUUUAGGCUGAGGCCAGUUAGCUUCCUUCCUUUUUUUCCGAAUAGUUUUGAAUUUUCCUUACUGCAGCUGUAACCUCUUUCCUCUCAUUCUGGUCUCAAGGAAUGAGAGGGAAAUCUUUCUCAUUUGGAGACUUAUCUCUUUAGUCUUAUUUGGAUAACAAUCCCCCUUUUUUUUUCCACCUCCAUCUCAGAGAUGGCUAUCCUUCAUUCUCCUCUUUCUGAAUUUUAGUUUUCUCCUCAUUCCUGUUUCCCAGUGCUCCACUCUACUGCCUCUUUCACCAAGUAAAGUGAGAUUUACUCCCUAGUCAUUUUAUUAAAUUCACUCUGUAUCCACCAGGUGUCAGUCUCUUAUCAUGCAAAUGUCAGGACUUAGCCGGACUGGGAUUGUGGGUUUAGGCUGUGUGUAUGGAAGGAGGUACCUUGCCUAUCAGGGAGCACCAGUAGGAAGGGAAUUCAGGUAUAUAUUUGGGAAAAGCAGUAAACCAACCAACAUUAAUUAAGGACCUACUUUGUCUUCAGCAUAGGGUAACUUCCAUCAGGGAUUCUCCAUUUUCUUUCAGGGAGCCUUCAUUCAUUUGUUCAUUUAUUUCCACCAUUGCAGCAUUUCUAAAAUAUGUAAUGUUUGAUAACUAUAAAGAAUAUAUUUAACGUGAAUAAGUUAUGAAGCAUAAUAAUUAAAUGCCCCAUCACCCAAUUUGUACAUUAAAACAUUAGAAAUACUACUGAAUUUCUUGUGUUCUUCCCCUAGCCUAUCCUCAUGGCUCUCCCUAGAGGUCACCACUAUCUUUAAUUUUGUGUUUAUUAACUACCUGCAAUAUAUACAUAUAUAUAUAGCCUUUCCAUUUAUGUAUAUACCCUUUAAAAAUGGUUUUGAUUUUUAGCUUUACAAAAUUUUAUUCUCUUAACAUUCCCCUGUGGUUUGCUUUUUUUCCCCAUAUUAUUUCUAAGAUUCAUCCAUGUUGUAGAUAGCUAUUAUUCGCUCAUAUUUAUCUAUAUAAUAUUUCAAGUGCAUAAACCACAAUUUAUCCAUCCAUCUGUCAAUGGACAUUUGGGUUGUUCCCAGUUUUUUGCGGUUAUAAAUAAUGUUGCUACUAACAUUCUUGUACAGGUUAGUGCCUUUGUUUUUAGUAAGCUUUCUAAGGCUUCUGAGAUGGUUCCUUUGGUCUGUACACCCUUUGAGUUGGAAACUGUUCCCUCUUGUCUCAUUCUCUAAAAACGUGUAUAUUAGAUUGAAAUGAACCAUCCUUUGAUCAUUUGAUAAAACUUACUUGGUAAGCCAUCUGAGCCUGGCAUUUCUUUGUGGGAAACAUCUUAACUAUUAAUUCAAUUUCUUCAAUAAUUAUAGGCUAUUUGGGCUUUCUAUUUCUUCUUGAGUCAAUUUAGGUAAAUGUUUUUCUAGAGUUUUGUGCAUUUUACGUCAUUUUUUAAAAAUGAAAUUCCUUCCAUGUUCUUUUUCGCCUUUGCUCCCUGGGUGGUCGUGUCCUCCUUUUCAUUUCUGCUGUUUACUUGUGCCUUCUUUUUUUCCCCUUUGACCAACUACACCAGAAAUUUGUUUUACUUGUUUGAUUUAGCUGCCUCUCUGGACUUUGUUGAUCCUCUCCCUUAAAUGUUUGUUUUCUACUUCAUUAAUUAUGGAUGUUAUCUGGUAUUUCCUUGUGCUUUCUUCAGAUUUAAUUUUAUGUUCUUUUACAUUGACUCUUUGCGACCCCAUGAACUAUACAAUCCAUGGAAUUCUCCAGGCCCAAAUACUGGAGUAGGUAGCCUUUCCCUUCUCCAGGGGAUCUUCCAAACCCAGGGAUCAAACCCAGGUCCCCCGCAUUGCAGGUGGAUUCUUUACCAGCUGAGCCACCAGGAAAGCCCAAGAAUACUGGAGUGGGUAGCCUAUCCCUUAUCCAGGGGAUCUUCCCGACCCAGGGAUUGAACCCAGGAGACCCAGGGGUCUCCUGCAUUGCAGUCAGAUUCUUUACCAACUGAGCUAUAAGGGAAGCCACAAAUAUUUGUUUUCUACUUCAUUAAUUAUGGAUGUUAUCUGUGGUAUUUCCUUCUUUCUUUAAUUUUAUGUUCGUUUACAUCUUAAUUUUUAUCUAAUUUUCAAGCUGUCUUUUUUUCUAUUACAAGUUUUCAAGGACCCACUUCCCUAUAUUCUCCACACUUUUCUGUUUAAAAGUAUUUAUUACUUAAUUCUAAGAAUAUUUAAAUUACCUUUAUGACUUUUUUGAUUCAUGAUUUAGAAAAGUUUUCUAAAUUUCCAAAAUCUAGAUAUUUAAAAUUUUAUCUUUUUGAUACUGAUUUUCAGUUUGAUCAUUUGUGCUCAGGAAAUGUGGUCUCUGUGAUAGCAGUCCUUUGAAGUUUGUCAGGAUUGUUAUUUCUAUAUUCUGGGGCUUCCCAGGUGGCUCAGUAGUAAAGAAUCUGCCUGCCAGUGCAGGAGAUGCAUGUUAGAUCCCUGGGUUAGGAAGAUCUCCUGGUGAAGAAAAUGGCAACCCACUCCAGUAUUCUUGCCUGGAAAAUCCCAUGGACAGAGGAGUCUGGCAGGCUACAGUCCAUGGGUUCACAAAGAGUCAAACUCAACUUAGUAACUGAACAACAAUUUUAUAUUCUGUAACUUACCUUGGAUAUCUGUUUUGUCGUUUUCAGCUGAUUUUCCCAUAGCAGCUUGUUCCCUGGUAUAUUUUGUACUUUUGGAUUUUGAGCUCCUAUUUUGUUAACCUAAGGAAAUCCAGUGGACCUAAAUUGGGGGUACUUUCCUCCAGAGAGAAUUUGCACUUGUUUCUGCCAGGUGACAAAGGGUGCUCCUUACCUGGGACUGUGUUAACCCUUCAGGAGUCCUGAUUUAACUCAGGAGUCCCAGGUUUUCUCCCCUGCUUUGGCUGGGUCCAGGGUUUAGCCUCUGUUCAUGAUACUGAUACUGGCAUUAGUGCCGAGAGUAAACCUGCUUCUCCUGCUGCAUGUUACUCAUUCUGCAUAAGGGUUCAGCUCAUUGUUAUUUUUUCCCCUUCCUUUAGUGAUCUCUUCUACUUUCUGAUGAGCAUGACAAACAUGUUUACUGUAAUUUAUCCAGGAUCCAGUGGUAUUCUAGUGAGAGAGCCCUUUCUCUCCUCCGUGCUGCCAGAAGUAGAAGUCCAUUACUGUAGUUUUGGCAUUUUCCUUCUUGUUAAGAGCUCAGCACUUGUUGGAAGCUAGCUGACUUAGCACUAUCCUUAAGUCAAUAAUGAUCUCAGCACAGUUUUUAUGUUAGCAGUAAGCACAGAGAGUGGUGGGAGCCCAGAGAAAUAGACAGGGAUCAGAAAUGACUUCCUAGUAGAAGUGAGUAGGACAAGGCCAACUCAUAAAGCAAGGACAGAAAAACAGAAGACAUGAUACAAAGAAUUGAAUCAUGAUACCCAUUCUGCUGCCUAAGUGCUGUAAGUUCAAAGAGAUUAAUUUGGGAAGGCUUCAUGGAAAAGGUAGCUUUGAGUUAAACCUUUAAGUAGAGCUUAAGUAGAUAAAAAAAAAAAAAAAAAAGAAGAAGUCUUUCCAGGAAAAGCAGGAGUUUGGGGAUAUGGGAUGUGAGUAAAGACAUGGCAGUCUAACCCAGUAAAAAGACCUGUUCGGCAGAAAGGUUACGUAUGAACAAGAGAGAGAAAUCAACUGGAAGAAGAACACACAACAGUUGAAUGAAUGGGUAAAAGUUAUCCAGUGAUGAAAUUGAAAGUAAUCCAUUGAUUGAAUGAAUGAAAGGUAUGAAGUUUGCAUUAGAGGAUGGAGGAACUGAAGUCAAAAAGAACCCUCCAGACAGCUGUUGCCAUUAUCCAUGUGGGAGGAGAUGAGGGACUGGACCAGGUUGCUAACAAGUUGGAGGUGAUAGGCAUACGGAAAAGUAAACCACUGGUGAUAGGAUAGAAGCUUCCAAGGGAAUAGUGCCCUCACCAUGAUUGGGUUUGGGGAUAUAUCCAUUCACUUUAGGAGACUAGACCCCUGGGUGAUUUUAAGAUUUACAUGAAUGUUCUGGGGGUUUUAAGUAGCCUAUUUUAUAUUCUUAUCCUAAUAUUUUAAAAAUCUUAACAUGAAACAAGUUAUUCUUCUCUUGGUUAGGCAGUCUUCAGUUGGUUAGAUGAAGGGCUAAAUGAAGGUUUUGGGGACUGUCUACUGCUUGCUCGCUGCCAUUCCUUAUUCUCUCCCCAAUACCCUGUUCCCCAGUCCCAUUGUUGUCUUUUUUCAUUUUAGCCCUAGCAUAAAGUAAGUCAGAAAUAAAAAUUUGUUACUAAAACUUGAAAUAAUCUUUUGCUAUUAAACCAAGGCAAACUCUAUAUGUCUAGUCUGUGGCCUCAAAUAAAUGAAUGUAUUAUUUA